CUAGUCCAUCUCUAAAACCCCGGCACGCCGUUUGCCUAGUCCUAUUUUCUGUUUUAUCUCCUAGCCCCGAUCCUUCCAUCAUCUAAAAUGUUUCCACAACGCAGCUCUGUGGUUUAUCGUACGCCUGCCUCACACCAACCUCCGCCAGCCAAGGAGUUGGCUGGUAAUGUCGAAUACCCUAACCUGAAUGUAGCCGAUUUAAAUGCACGCUUUGAAAAUCUUUCCCCUCGAUUACACGAGUGCUGGGACAGCAUCACCAUCAACGACCAGGAGCAUUGUGCUCUAGCCACCAAUCGACGAGAGGGGCCUCAGUGGUGGGGUAUAUUCUAUGGAUACACUAAAAGCCAGCUUGGCCACAUAUCGGUUGACAAUGCGGACUUUAAGCUGCAGUCCGAGAAUACAGUCAACAUAGUGAGGUAUGCGGAUAACGAUGUGCUGUUCGUGGCUCUCGGCGAUACUAGGUUGCAGGCUUGGUCAACGUACUCCACUGUAAGGGAUUCCAAGGCUCCGUACUGCCUAUUUCUGAUUGGGGAAAUGUCUGUUCAUCCAUCACCGAUAUCUCAAUUGUGUGUCUUCAGGGCCAACCGGCGCAAGGCCGUGACCGCCUCUUCGGAUAGUACUAUUAAUGUUUGGGAUCUUUCAGGAGCAGACUUGACAAGCUCGUAUCACUCAAGCUCCUCUCAUACGGACAAGUUAACAGGCUUGGCCACGCCCUUUACCAGCUUUUCAGAGUUUGUUACCUGUGAUCGUGGGGGUUCUGCUCGACUAUGGGAUGCACGUGCCUCAACACCCUCUUCCGUAUGCCUGUACGAUGAUUCUCCUCAGCGUUUGCUCAGUUUUACCUGUGCCGCUUGGGCUGGUCCCACAGAGCUGCAGGGAGAUAAUUAUGUGUAUCUCGGCGACUUCGAUGGUCAGGUUCAUUCCCUAGAUAUACGUGUGCCUCGCAAAAUAGUGGAGACUAAAGUAUUUUUUGAUACUGGCCAUGUUUCUCGCCUCCUAAUCAAUGGAUCUCAUUUGGCUGCUAUGAGUAAUUUGCCAGCUGCUGUCAAGAUUGCUCAUGCAAAGGAUCAUUUCGAAUUUGUCUACUCCCAUCAGGAUACACAUUCGCGGCUCACUGACGCCAUUUGGACAGACAAUAACACGCUUAUCACAAUUGGACAUGGCCGGAAAAUGAUGACGCAUAAGAUAUAAGGAGAGGACGUUUUCUAGGCAUGACCAUUUUAUGUGAUUUUCUACGAUUUUUUUAUGCAUUUUUCAUUCAAUGUUUAGUUUAAUUGUAUUUCAAAUUUCAUGAAUGCGACAAAUGCAACAACAUUGUAAUGUACAAAAUUCAGAAUUUACAAUUGAAUAUCCUAGGCAUCCACGAAACGCGUCAAUCAAGACAAACAUUCAAAAAAUAUAUUUAUGCUAUUAUUCUUGACUUAUAUUCUCAGUAAUACAAACUACAUUUUUUAUUUUUAUUUGAAAUAAAGAUUUAUUCAGGAAUGUUGGAUAGACCGAUA